AUGAACGACUAUGUUUUUUUAUUUUGUGAAACCAUUAUCACAUUAGUUAUUUCCUUCUUAUUUGGUAUGGUUUUAAUUAAAUACUAUUUCAAUGACAAAAAUGGCAACAACAACUGCAACAAUGGCAACAACUACAAUAAUGGAAAUGUCAAUAAUCAAUCAUAUUAUGAACAAAUCCCAUAUGCUCGUCCAGUAUCAGAAAGAGAACCAUCAGUUUACCCAACAUUCAAUAAAAACGAGGCACGCCAUUCCUUUUCUGAUGAACCACAAACAUCCAAUAAUACAGAAACAGACCAAAGAUAUAAAAGGGAGCCAUCCGUCUACCCAACAUUCAAUCAAAAAGAAUCUCAAUCAGCAACUUCUCCACCAGAUUAUCAAAAUGAGUCAAAUAGUACUUAUAAAAAGGAAGCAUCUAACUACCCAGCUUUCAACAAAUGUGAAGCACGUUAUUCUUCUUCCGAUGGACAACAAUCAUCCAAUUCUCAAGAAUCUGCUUAUAUUCAUAAAAGAGAAUCAUCCAGCUAUCCAUCUUUUAACCAAAAUGAAUCGCGUCAUUCUUUUUCUGGUGCACCACAAUCACACUAUAAUCCAGAAUCACAAUCUAGUGGUGCAAAUUUCAAUGGAGAACCACCAUCUGUAGAGGAGUAUGAUGAAGUAUCAAAUUAUCAAGUUAUCUUUCAGGGUCUGUUAGCUACAAUAAAUAAUUAG